GCUCUGAGAGGCGAGGCCGGGUGAGGCGGCGAGGGCGGCCCGACGGGCGCGGGACGGGACGGGGCAAGCGCGGGCGCCGGGGAGCCGCGGCCCGGAGUCGGGGCGCCUUGCCCCGGGCCCCCCCACCGCACCUCCCUACACACCAGCAUGAAGACCCCGGCGGACACAGGGUUUGCCUUCCCAGAUUGGGCCUACAAGCCGGAGUCGUCCCCUGGCUCUCGGCAGAUCCAGCUGUGGCACUUUAUCCUGGAGCUGCUACGGAAGGAGGAAUACCAGGGCGUCAUCGCCUGGCAGGGGGACUAUGGGGAAUUUGUCAUCAAGGACCCUGAUGAGGUGGCCCGCCUCUGGGGGGUCCGCAAGUGCAAGCCACAGAUGAACUAUGACAAGCUGAGCCGGGCCCUGCGCUAUUAUUACAACAAGCGCAUUCUGCACAAAACCAAGGGGAAACGGUUCACCUACAAGUUCAACUUCAACAAACUGGUGCUGGUUAAUUACCCUUUCAUUGAUGUGGGGCUGGCUGGGGGUGCAGUGCCACAGAGCGCCCCUCCUGUGCCGUCGGGCAGCAGCCACUUCCGGUUCCCGCCCUCAACGCCCUCUGAGGUGCUGUCCCCCACUGAAGACCCCCGCUCGCCACCGGCCUGCUCUUCGUCCUCAUCUUCCCUCUUUUCGGCUGUGGUGGCCCGUCGCCUGGGCCGCGGCUCAGUCAGUGACUGUAGUGAUGGCACAUCAGAGCUGGAAGAGCCACUGGGGGAGGAUCCCCGGGCUCGACCCCCCGGCCCCCCAGAGCUGGGUGCCUUCCGAGGUCCCCCGCUGGCCCGCCUGUCUCAUGACCCUGGUGUCUUCCGUGUCUAUCCUCGGCCACGGGGGGGUCCUGAGCCCCUCAGUCCCUUCCCUGUGUCACCUCUUGCUGGGCCUGGCUCCCUGCUACCCCCCCAGCUCUCACCAGCCCUCCCCAUGACCCCCACGCACCUGGCCUACACACCCUCACCCACGCUCAGCCCUAUGUACCCUAGUGGUGGUGGGGGCCCCAGUGGCUCAGCCGGAGGCUCCCACUUUUCCUUCAGCCCUGAGGACAUGAAACGGUACCUACAGGCCCACACCCAAAGCGUCUACAACUACCACCUCAGCCCCCGCGCCUUCCUGCACUACCCUGGGCUGGUGGUACCCCAGCCCCAACGCCCUGACAAGUGUCCACUGCCACCCCUGGCACCUGAGACCCCACCGGUUCCCUCCUCGGCCUCGUCCUCCUCCUCCUCCUCUUCCCCAUUCAAGUUUAAGCUGCAGCCUCCUCCGCUAGGACGCCGCCAGCGGGCAUCUGGGGAGAAGGCCCCCGGAGGCCCCGACAAGAGCAGCAGCGGGGGCAUGGGUGGCACUGCCGGGGGGUUGGCCGAGGGUGCCGGUGCGCUGGCCCCCCCACCGCCACCACCCCAGAUCAAGGUGGAGCCCAUCUCAGAAGGCGAGUCGGAGGAGGUGGAGGUGACUGACAUAAGCGACGAGGAUGAGGAAGAUGGGGAGGUGUUUAAGACACCCCGUGCUCCGCCUGCACCCCCCAAGCCGGAGCCUGGCGAGGCGCCUGGGUCAGCCCAAUGCAUGCCCCUCAAACUGCGCUUCAAGCGGCGCUGGAGUGAAGACUGUCGUCUGGAGGGGGGCGGGGGUCCUGCAGGGGCCCUUGAGGAUGAGGGUGAAGACAAGAAGGUGCGGGGCGAGGGACCUGGGGAAGCUGGGGGGCCUCUCACCCCCAGGAGGGUGAGUUCUGACCUUCAGCAUGCCACAGCUCAGCUCUCUCUGGAACACCGAGAUUCCUGAGUGCGGUGGGCAGGGGGCCCAGGUGUCCCCCAUUCCCCAUGCUUCUUUUGCUGCCUUAACCCCCCCCCCCAAGCCCUGGAGGUGAAGGCAGCUCUCUAGUCUCCUCCCUGCCACCUCCUCUCCUCCCCACAUUUUGUAUAAAAGUAUAAUUUUUUUUUAAGUGGUGGGAGUGGGUGGGUACCCAAGACUGGGGGUUAUCCUCCUGUCUGGGUUUCUGAGCUCUGGGCAAAGUGAUGGGGGGGAAGAAGGGGGGGAAGGGGGGGCCACCUCCAUUCUGGGAAUUUUUAUUUGAACCAGGCUUUGGCCUUAACACCCAGGAACUUUUUUUUUUCUUUCUUAAUUACACUUGUAGGAAGUAAAGCCUUGUCUCCCUCCCUAUUCUCUGCCUUGGAACCUCUUCCCUCAGUCAAUUCCUCCCUUCCCUGCCCCCCACCCCCCAACCCUGCCUUCCUUGCCCCUUCCCGGGGCUGUGAGUGCCUGGGUGUCUCCUGCCCCACAAGGUUGCCGCAGAGGAGGGAGGGACCAUUUUAUGAUGAACCAAAAAUCUGUCUAUAUGGGGUGGGGGGAAUGGUGGAGGAUGAGGGGGUUACCACCCACGGGCCACAUAUCUCUACAAGUGCCUGCUCUCCACUCCCAACCCCAGCGCCAGUCCCCUCCCCUCACCCCCCCACACCCCCAGCUGCUCCUAGGACUGGCCCCCAGGGCAGACAGGUGGAGGGUCCUGGGAAGGGAAUGUCCUGAAACCAAACUGGAAGCGCCCUCUGCCUCCCAGCUUGGGGCCCCUGGGGUGGGCUGUGGGGGCAAUGGUCAAGCCUUAUUCUGUAUUGGGGUGGGAGGGCGGGGG